AAUUUAUUUUAUAGCUCAGCAAGAUAAUAAUAAUAAUAAUAAUAAUUAUUAUUAGUAGUAUUAUUAUUAUUAUUGUUGUUGUUGUUAUUUAUUUCAGUUGUAAUGUACGGGGUAAACUUUAUUUUAAUCCGUUCAUGAUUUUAUGGAGAUAUUACAGUUACUAUUUUGGGGCAUUUGACUGAAUUAUCUUAAAUGGUUAUCUUCCUCAGCAAACCGCUAUGGGCAUUUGUACGCAGAGAACUGAAGAUAUGGUCAUUAUUUUAAUGUGUAUGUAUACAUUAAUGAAAAUGACAGCACCCAAAAAAAGUAAAGAUAAUAACCACGCAUGCACUUUUUACCCAUUUUAUUAUUAUAUAACCACACUAACACACAAGAACUGCACUAGCCUACUUAAUGUAACAGAAUGAUGCUGAUUAUUAUUAUUAUUAUUAUUAUUAUUAUUAUUAUUAUUAUUAUUAUUAUUAUGCUUGAAAGGUACCACGCUUCUAACAUAAUUUAUAUAUCCACUGUUAAAUUUAAGAAGGUGACUGAAACUUUUGGCUCUGAGAAAAACAAUAGGCUUUGACACGGUUUUGUUUCAUUAACAGUUUAGCAGCUCUGUGUAGAUACAGCGGGUUCUUUACUGUAAAUAAAUAAGCUAAUUUUAACAAGCGUCGGACUUGUUUGUAAUUGUGUAAUGGCAAAAUCAAUUACAGGUGAAGCAUGAAAUGUCUCUGACUUGGUUUAUGGUUCCAACUGUGCACUUAAGUGUUUAGGGAAUGGGAUGAAUAUUAUUUUGUGCAAGUAUCGCAGUCACAUUCUUGAACACAGAGGAUACGCCAACAAAGAAUUCAGUUCUGCUACAUGGAUGUACUUCAAACUGGCAUCCCCUAAUCAACUUUCCCAAACGCACCAUCAGAUGCUAGCUCAAGAUUUCCUGCUCAGAUGGUUUGACCUCAGCAUUGCAGUGGAAACUUCCCUCUUUUAGUCAUUUACUUUUUUGUGUUUUUUUCCUCAUGGCCUACCUACUGGUUUUGGUUUUCUUCCUUGUGGCUUUGACACACGGCACUCCUAAAGAAUAUUCUCAGCAGGGGGAAGGAGCGCUAUUGGACUCCCUGAAACAGCAAGUGGGAUUACUCACUAAUGAAACUAAGAACUACUCCCCACAGGUCCAACCUCCAGGGACAAACCGAAGAAUCCCUCAAAGUAUUAUCAUUGGGGUUCGCAAAGGAGGGACCAGAGCCUUGCUAGAAAUGUUGGACAUCCAUCCCGAGAUUGUAGUGGCCACCACUGAGGUUCAUUUCUUUGACUGGGAUGAGAACUAUGCGAAAGGAUUAGAGUGGUACAAGAACCUGAUGCCUUUUUCUUAUGAAAACCAAAUCACAGUGGAGAAGACACCAGGCUACUUCACUUCAUCCCUGUCCCCAGAAAGGAUUCACGAGAUGAACAGCUCCAUCAAACUUCUGCUGAUUCUGAGGGAUCCCACAGAAAGAGUAAUAUCUGACUACACACAGGUCUAUUACAACCGAUUGGAAAAUCAGAAACCUGUCCAGGUAAUCGAAGAGAUCGUGAUUCGGAACGGGGCACUGAACACAAAAUACAAGGCGAUUCAGAGGAGUCUCUAUGAUGUCCAUAUGGAGAACUGGCUGAAAUAUUUCUCCUUGGACCAAAUUCAUAUAGUAGACGGGGACACCCUGAUUAGAGACCCGCUACCAGAAUUACAAAAAGUGGAAAAGUUCCUCAAUCUGCGCCCCAGGAUAAUGUCUUCAAACUUCUACUUCAAUCAAACCAAGGGGUUUUACUGCAUCCGGAGUGAGGGGCGGGAGAGAUGUUUGCAUGAGUCCAAAGGUCGUCCCCAUCCUAUGGUGAACAGUACCGUGCUGGAGCAGCUGCAAGCCUACUUCAAAGACCACAACCAGAACUUUUAUAGAAUGGUCAACCGUUCAUUUGACUGGCAUUAAAAGAUGGAUGAAUGCUCUGUCCCUCAUUCUCACUCACUUGUGGAGAGGACAAUUUUUGAAACCAGUCCAAAUCAUAAUUUGCUUAUUUAACAAUGUUGGCAAGUGAAAAGGACUUUAUAACUGACAUAUUAAUAAAGGAUUUAGCUACUUUUGAUUAUCUUAGAAGUUGCCUUUAUACAACUUUAGUGUCUUCAGAUAAAUGAAUAUAUAAAUACAGGAUAAAAAAAAGAAAAAAAAUGAAAGGGAAAAAAAUGCUUGAUCAUUAACUAAGUGUACUACUGUACUAUAUGUAAAGAUGCAGCUAUUUGCAUAUGACUUUGUGAAACUGUAUACAACUUUUUUUUUGUCUCUAAUAAUUGUUCUUAAAUAAAUUGUAUUGCUUUAAAUGUA